AGUAGAGAGAUCAUGAUUUGACAGCAAGUUAAAAAGUUUCUAUCCCGAAAAGUAAAAAUAUUAAAAAAAAUAUAUAUAUAAUUAUUUUAUAUCCUAGAUUUUCGAAGGAAAUAUAUUCCAUAAUAAAUUAAAUGUAAAUAAUAAAUAACGAAAAAAGUAUACUAUUGUUCUAAAAAUAAGUGGUAAAAUAAUGGAAGUGUGUAUGAAAAUUUAAUUAUAAAUGAAGAAAUAAGAUGUGAAAAUUUUCUCGGCUAGUUUUUUUUUUUAAAUACAAAAGGAAAGAAAAAAAAUUGAAAUAAAAAUAAAAUAAGGAAAACUUAUUAAAAAAUAUUUUACUUUAAAAAAAAGUAAAUCAUAUUACAAAAAAAAAAUAUUAAAAAUAAAUACGAAAUAUUUUUUUUUCAACAAAAAAUAAAAAAAUGAAAAAUCAUAUCAAAAAUAAGUUUUUAUCAAGAAUUAAGCAAUAAAAAUUUUUUGUUCAAAAUUUUUAAAACGCAAAAGAAAAAAAUUCAAGUGUACCCCCCAUUACAAAGAAAAAAAAGUAAAGAAAAGGAAAAAUUUCAAUAAAAUCAAUUUUACAUGAAAAUUUGAGAAAAGCAACUCUAUAUCAAAUUGAUAUAAUCAAAAACUAUAUAAAAAUAAAAAAUUCAUAAAAGAUAUAAUAAAAUAUGGCUAUACCACCGCCACCAGGACCUCCGCCCCCACCUGGGCCUCCACCUCCACCAGCAAUGGGAGGUUUAAAAUUAGGUGGAGCUGCUGCUAAUUCUGGAGGUGAUGUUAGAUCUGCGUUAUUGCAAUCAAUACAGAAAGGCACAAAAUUAAAAAAAACUGUAACUGUAGAUAAAAGUGGUCCGGCGACAUGUGGUAAAGUAUGUGGUGAAACAAAUAAUAAUAAUAAUAAUAGCACAUCACCCAAACGUUCUAUAAAUAAUACAACAACAUCAAUUGGAAGUAAUAAUACAAAUAAAAUUGCAAAUGGUGGUCCAAAAUUAGGUGGUUUAUUUGAAGGUAUGACUUCAAUGCCGAAAUUAAAACCAGUUAACGGAAGAGGUCCUUCAACAGCUAGUCGAAAUGCUCAAGAUUCUAUAUCCGGUAAUAAUAAUAGUAAAAAAAUUAAUCAAACAUCAACAAGUCCGCAGCAGCAGCAACAACAACAGCAGACAUCGAAUGGACCAUUAGAUUUUAAUGCAGAAUUAACAAAGCACUUGACAUUAAAGAAACAAAAACAGCAAAUUAAUGCAACUGAAGCAAAUUUAAGAACAAAUAGGGGUCCACCACCACAGCCUCCUGUACAAGCAAAAAAUAAUUUAUCAUCAAGUACGUCUGAUUCGUCUGUUAAAUCGGUAUCAUCAGUAGUGAGCGGAAAAGCUUCAUCGCCAACAUUAUCCGAGGGAAGUAGUAACAGUAGUAGCAGUUAUUUAGCAAAGAAAAAUACAUCAAAUCUAAGUCUUUCGAUAGUAAAUUCAAAUGUAAAUAGCAAUAAUAUCAAUUCAUCAUCUGGGACAAUAAAUUCAUCAUUAUCGACAUCAUCUUCUGCAGCAACUCCUUUACCAAAUAAAUCGUCAUUAUUUGGUAAUUUAAAUAGUAGUAAUAGUAGCAUAAGUAGUACUAGUAACAAUUCAAUUUUAUCGUCAACACCAACAAUAACAUCGAUUUCACCGAAACCAAUCAAUCACGGGAAACCGAAUUGUGCACCUAAACCGCCUGGAAUACAGCAAUUAGUCCAGGCGAAUGGUCAGAGACCAACUGUUCAACGACAUCAUAGUAUGAAAUCACCAAGAUCACCACCAAUCGCGCCACCAGGUAUACAAAAUUUUGGUACAUUAAAAAAUCCUUCACAACUCUUCCAAUCGCAUGAGUCAAUUAGUGCAAAUAUGAGGCAAGCGCCAAAUGCUCCAAUUGGUCGACCAACAGUUGCACCCCCGAAACCCCCUUCAGUUAAACCACCGCCCCCGCCUACACCUGCUAGAAGUGUUUCAAAUACCAAUCUUAGUAAUAUUCCACUAAGCGCCGCUGCAUCAUCCCCUUCAUUUGGUGGUGGCAUAAAUAAUAAUAAUCUUACUGUAAAUAACACAUCUGCUGUUAGUUCUACUUUUGGAUCAACAAGUAAUGUUGCAGCAUUAAAAGAUCAAUUACGUGGUCAAAUAAGUCAUGCAAAUUCAGCAAGCAAUGUUUCAAAUAUUUCACCAUCAAAUACAUUAACAACAUCAAAUAUCAUUGGUACGAAUAGUGGUGGAAGCUCUGGUAAAUUAAAUUCACCAAUCAAUAAUAGAAGUAUUGGUAUAGGAGCUGGUGAUAAAUUUAAUAGUAAUACACAAGUUGCAGGAGUUCCUCCUCCGCCACCACCGCACAGAGCGUGUCCACCACCACCUUUACGUCAACCAAGCAAUAAUCAACUGAACAAUCCACCGGUGCCACCACAACGGCACUCAUCGAUACGAGCUUCACAAGCUACAAAUAAUAAUACAAAUAGUAACAAUAAUAAUAACCAAAUUACAUCACAUAUAUGUAACAUAAGUAGUAGUGGCGUAACUGGAAGUGGAAGUUGUGGUAGCCGCGUAGGAGCUGUCAAUCGAAUUGUCAUUGAUUUGGAGUCGAAAUUUGCAAAUCGUUUUCAUAAUGUUACAGAAUUUUCAGCACCACCACCAUAUGUAAAUACUGAAAAAACUUAUGCUAGUCGUAAUAAUGUUAAAACAGCUAAUGGUCCGAAACUAAAAAUCUGAACUGUGUGUACUUGCUUUAGCGAAAAUAGUUUUGUUGAAUUUUAUUUUUAUUUUAUUCUAUUUUUUUUUACGUAAAUAUUUUACUUUAGAAAUUUAAAUGCAAAAAAAAAAAUAAUUAACAAAUUUGAAUUCAAAAUAAAAAAAUAAAAAAAACAUAAAUAACUAAUUAAUUUAAAAUUAAAAAUACAUAAUUGUUAUAAUUUUAAUUUAAAAAAAGAAAAAAAAAAGAUUAUUAAAAAGUAAAAACUUUUAUUUGUAUUACUUAUUUUAUUAUAUUGUUUUUCUAUAUGAUUUUUAAGAAAUAUUAGAACAGUAAUACUGAUUUUUUUUUAAUUUUUAAAAAAAUUACAAAAAAAGGAAGUACUAAAGUACUUAAAGUAUUAUUUUGCUUUAAUUACAUGAAACGAAACAAGUAUAAUUCUCCAAACUCUGACGAAUUAAAAAAUUGAUUUAAUUUCACUUUAUUUAGAAUGCAUAGAUUCUUAAUUAACAACGCUUGAAUGCUUAAAUAGUGCUUUACACCAAACCAAAGAAAUAUUUCUUUGUUUUGAAUGCAACCAUAAUCUAGUUUUCCCGCCUAACUAAGAAUUUUCUUAUUUUUACAU